UUGCUGUUUGUUUGUUUUUUGCUGGCAGCAAGCCAACAUCAACAACAAGCAAGGACGAGUGAGACGAGUGCUCAGCACCCCACUUGUGUUGGUUGAGAUGCGGCAGUUGAUGGAUGAUGUGGUGCCAGUGACGAGGUGACGAUGCCGCUCUGACAGCGAACCCGGCGCGCUUCGCAUCAACACAGCAGCGACAGCACCAGUGGCGUCGGCAUCACGCACAGCGAAUGAGGAGGGGCUCUAUUUCGGGGAGCGAUGUGGCAUGUAAGCGUGUGCACACGCUCGCCGAGCAGCACCAUCCUCGAACAGCAGCAAGAGCAGCAGCAGCAGCAGCGAGUCGACGUGGUUCCGCGGGGCGUUUGCAGCCCUCACAUCCCAGCAGCUGACAACACCCAGACACCCACCACCACGACCGGGCUUGUCCAAGUGGUGUCAUGUACAACGACGGGAUGCUGACGGCGGUAUGGCGUUCCUUUCCACCGCCUCCCCCGCCGGUCCUCAUCCCGCAACGAACGGUGCAGAUGCGCAAUCAACAACGCUGGGCAUCAAGGGUGACCCUCGAGUGAGUGGGCGAGUGGCGUGGUUGUUGACAACGAGGAUAUCUGACGGCGUCCCGACCAGCCACAACGACCAGCCACAACGACCAGCCACAACGACCAGCCACAACGCUCGAUGUUCCUUGCCACCUCCUGUCAGUCCUCAUCCUGAACACACCCCACAACCAACACUGCUGACGCGCAGCGACCGGCUUUGGGCUUGUUCACCUUAGUUUCAAGUGGUCAAGCGGUGCGCUAGCACCCAAGGGCCUCAUCUACUGCAUGCCUUUCAACGCACGUGCUCACGUGGGCCAGCACCGUAGACAUCGAAUCCAUCGCGCCGCCACAGCCGCAAGGACGGAAGAAAUGACGAGGAGCCGUGUUCGUGAGUGAUGGCCGCACCUUGGGUGUGCCGUUUGGCGUAUCCACCCUCGAUCCAGUCACCAGCACAAUCACCACGACGGCCUUAC